UCCCUCGUCUGUGGUGAGGAGGAUACCAUGCUCAGGCUUCUGAGACGGGUCGUGAACUUCUUCCGACGAAGGGAAGAUCCCGCCCAGGAGCAGCGCCCACUGCAGGCAGAGCACCAGCAAGGUAACACUCGUUUGAAAUGUAUACAUGGAGUUGUGACAAGUUUCUAUGGUGAUUAUGGCUUAAUUAGUGGGUCAAUCUACUUCAGUUAUGAUGUUGUCACUGGCAAGGUGCCAGUAAAGAUUGGACAGAAAGUUGCAGUAGUUGUGGAAGAAGACGCAGCAUCUCAUGGAUUGAAAGCAAUCAAAGUGGAUGUGCUCUGUGAUGAUACUGCUGACUCUGAACCAUCAGACCUUGGAACCAGAAUUUUAACUGCUUGUGUUACAUCUGUAAGGACAGAUGCUGUCUACAUUAGUAAGAAAACUUGCUUCUCCCUAGACAUUGUUUCUGAAGGUUAUAUGCCUUAUAAGGGUGAUGGAUUAGAAGUUGAGUACUCCCUCCUGCCAGGCACAUCCAAAAUCAAGGUACACGCAGUGAAGCCCAUGAACUGCAAGCAUGUGGAGAAGGUCUGCAUUACCAGCCUAUAUGGAAGAAAUGGGGUGAUAGAUGGUAUCAUCUUUUUCACCUUGGAUUCUCUGAAAAUUCCUGAUGGAUACAUACCUCAAAGACAUGAUGUUGUCAAUGUGGUCAUGGUGGAGAGUAUUCAGUCAUGCUAUAUUUGGAGAGCAAUUUCCAUGACUCCAGACAAGAAGGGCCCACAGAUUCCACCUAGUGGUCAUGGACUAAAGCAGUAUCCUCCCAACAGGUCCCUGCUUCAGGCUGUGCUCUCCUAUUAG